AUGGGUAGUCUCGAUCUCUUAGCAGAUGUUUUCAGAGGUUCGCCUACGCUCGAAAAAUCGAUUGCAAAGGCGAUUGGCGACAAGGAUUCCAGGCGUAUAUUUCACUUCAAUGAGAUACGCCAACAUUUCCUCUCUCCUGAGAUCUCUCCUCAACGUCAGGCUGAAAUGAUGAGAAAGGAAUUGUCCAUUGCCCUUAAGACACCGAAAACAACUCUUCAUCUUGUAAAUCUCAUCCUCAUGCUCUUUACUCACUGUCAACCUGGCUUUUCUGAUGCUUUACUUGAGAAGAAGUCGAUGGAGGAGUUGAUAGCAUAUUUUGUCCUCCUUAAACCUCGUUUUAACACGGUCAAAAAACUUGCUUGGUUCAUCAAGCUCUUGAUUUCUUCAUCUGAAGACCUAAGGGAAGCGCCAGUGUAUAACGAAGAUCUUAAUAAAAUAGGAGUGGAUGCAUUUAGUCGGGACUCGUGGGUUCCAGAAAUGACUAUUGAGGAUUACUAUGAGCUUGAAGAUUUGAUCGUCAGGAAACAUGGCGAUCUGAAUAGGGUUGCUAGUGCCAUAAACUCCAUCAAUAAAUCUGAUGACGUAAAGGCAAUUCAGGAGCAACGAGGCAUUGUGAAAGAAAUGCAGGCUCGCCUUAUGCGGGAUGAGCUUUUCCUACAGGAAGUUCGAAACUCAUUUUGUGUAUCCGAAUGGCCUCAAACUCAACUCUCAAGACGUUUGAGUGACAUUGGCAAUGCAUUAGUAACUAUCGACAGCUUACUGGGUCCAGAGUUAUACGAACAGAAGAAGAGGCGAAUCUUUGAAGAAUAUAAGCGUGAUAUUGAGGAAAUUAUUUCCGUUAUCGACUCCACCGACGACGUAGAGGUAUUGAAGCAACAACAGGUUCUUAUGAAAGACCUUCGACAGCGCCUCACUAAGGAUGCAGAGGCUUUGGAGCGUAUUCGGAAGCAAUAUUAUCCCAACUCUGCAAUCGAGGAACCGUUGGCUCUUUUUCUAACUCGGACAGACUCCACAUUAAACACUAUUGAAAAUUUACUGAAGACAUUUGAAGAAAGUAAUCAGCAAAGAAAGCCCUUACUUCUCUCGAACCCUUCAACGACGCAACAGCAACAGGUGAGCAUUUCGGGUCUUGAAAUCAGCCUUUUUGCUUUAAUUAUCAACUCUUGGGCACCACCAAACUUAAUUUGA